AUGGCCAGUACAAGCUUGACAUCGACUUUCUUGACGCCGGACCCGAGCUUCAAUUGGUUCUUUCUUCUGGAACUGAUUGUCUGUUGCAUCCUUGCUCUGUUCUUCCUGCUUUACUUCAAUCGCCUCUUUGCGAACGUCCUCUCCUACGCAAUCCGAGCAUACACCUGGCAUUAUUACCGCGCAUAUGUCGAUAUCAAUGCGCUCCAGAUAUCCUUGCUGGGCGGGAGAAUCUUCUUCAAGGGCAUUAGGUACCAUGGGGUGAACGAGACGGUCUUUAUCCAUGGAGGAUUCAUAACAUGGCGGUAUUGGACGCGUACAGUUGAGCGAAAUGACUUGACAGGGGUCCGACGCAAGACGGCUCUUCCCACUGAUACCUCGGGGAAGAAACAUGCACAUGCCUCAGAUGAUCAUUUGGGAGAACAAGGUGGCAUGGAGAAGACCACCCAACUGCCGUGCCGGAUCACGGUCAACACCUAUGGUCUUGAAUGGUUCAUCUACAACCGGACACCCGCUUACGACAGUAUCCUUGCUGGAUUUGGAUACUCUCCCAAGGAUUCUGAUGUAGACAAGGACGGCUCGAAUUCACCGGGGUCUCGCGCGACGGCUGAACAUCCGGACGGAAGCAAUGCCGAUUUCCACAAUGGGCCUGGCCAUCAGCCAACUACGAAAACCAUGUCAGAACAAAGCAUGAGCGAGAGGGGAGGGAUCGAUUCACAGAGGGCUACUGUCCGCGAGUCAGAACUAUCCGACCCUGUAUCUUACAUGCUGCAACUCCUACCAGUGAAGAUAGAUUGCAAGAAAGGAGCUAUUGUCAUGGGCAAUGAGCACACCCGAUCUGUCUUGACAGCGACAUUUGACACUGGGACGGGUACCGUCGACGCUUCCGAUUCGGGCCCUCUUGAUCUAUAUCGCCAGAUAUUCUCGUUUCAAUUCGAUAAUCCGGUGAUCCAAAUGCGAAUAAAUCCGGAUUUCAAACGAAAUCAGUCAGCGUCCGCCAAAGCAGUAGCUGCCAAGGGAAAGAAGGAGCCUGGAUCGAAGAAAAAGCCACAAAGUAUCUUCAACUAUCAAGUUCAGAGACGCAAGGUGUGGCACAGCAUCCGGGAUCUGGUACCUUACUUCCAGACGUCUGUGGAAUCCUUCCAUGUCAAUCCCAGGCAUGCUGAUACUAUGCCACGGAGUCAGGCAGAGUUCCCUGAAGUCCGCUGGACCGGUCUCUCCCGAUAUUUAGACGAACACAGCCAAGAUGAUCACGAGAAGUGGACCUCAGUUGAAUAUGCCCGGUAUUCUACCAUCUUGGAUAGCCCUAGCUUGACGAUAACCUAUUUCUGGGACAUUCCUGGGCGCGUUGUCGUUCAACCGACGUCAGCCGAUCAACCUCACCCAAUGGAUAGCAAUAUCAAUUGCGCUCUUUCCCCUGAAUGGGGUAUUGACCUCAAAGUUGAUGGAGGCACGAUCAACUACGGACCCUGGGCUGACAGGGAGAGGAUCGGCCUGCAGAAUAUCUUCUUCCCGAACUUCUACCGCAGCAGUGAACCUACAAAACAACUAGCACCUGGUGUUUUGCGUCAGAGCACAGCUUUCAUAUUGCGGGUGGAAAUCACCAAGGAACUGACACUUUGCAUUCCCACACGAGAGUCCUCCAAGGAUUGGCAGUGGAAAGGCCGUGCUGAUGCUGUUGCUGGCACAUCCAGGGCGAAGAAGCCGAAUGAUCAGAAAAAGGGGCGAGUCAAGGAAGGCGACAAGGGCCAUCUUGGCCCUGAAAUACGCCCCUUUGGGUGGCUUUCCCUCUGUGUUGCAUCUGAUUCCACUAUCAACUAUACCAUGGACAUGGUGGGCUCCAGCACAGGAUUUCGCAAUGAACUUUCCCUUGACUUGCGAGAUUCAAGAUUGUCAUCCAGUAUCAACCAUGGCUUGCUCUGGCAAUGUCCUCGGCAACAAGUCACUUGCGAUUUGUCGAAUCCGCUCUCGUGGAACAGUCUCCGCUCCUGGAAAUUUACCGUCGAAAGCCAGAAUCUACAGCUGUUUCUCCUACGUGAUCAUAUCUUCCUCCUUACGGAUCUCGUGAGUGACUGGGCUUCGGGACCGCCUUCAGACUACUACACAUUUGUGCCUUUCAUCUAUGAUUUGGAUCUCAAUUUCACUGAUUUCCAACUUUUCAUCAAUGUCAACGACCGAAACAUCAUCAGCAACCCUUCAGAUCUAGAGGAUAACCGAUUCAUUGUUAUCAAAGGCAAGCGCCUGGAAUCGAACGUCAUGAUACCAUUGAACAAAUACCAGCCUGAACAGAAUGCCAUCAAGUUCCGAGUCCGCAUUGGAGACGGCGGCGUGGACUACGUAACUCCACUCUGGGAUACUCUACAUGAGUUUCUGUCCCAAGAAUCAAUGGGCACUCUGGAUAGUGUGGUCAUUGAUGGCUCCUAUAACUAUUUCCAGUUAACGUCCCCAGAGUUGACUGACACGCUGGUGCUCAAUGUCGAUGGACAUUCACCUCGGCUAUGCCUUUUUGGGUUUUUGAUCAAGAGUUUCAUGACGGUAAGAGAAAACUAUUUCGGAGAGGAGAUGCACUUCAAGACCCUUGAAGAAUAUCAAGAGCUCGUCUACGCCGACGAGCCACCGUCAAACCCCACCGGAUCCAAUCCAAACCGAAAGUCGAAUGAUCUGGAUGUUCUUGUGCGUGUCACUGUUGACAGCCCCCGUGCUUUGCUUCCCGUGGAUAUCUACGAUCACUCAAAGUGUAUGGGACUUAGUGCGGCGUCGCUCGAGGUGGAUCUACGCUUCACCAACUACUAUAUGGACUUGCAAUUCUCUCUCGCUCCCCUCAAAAUUGAUCUAGAGAGCACACAGUCGGAUGGCACCUCCAGUAUCUCCGGGACCCAGCUGUUCAUAGAUGGAUGCUCAGUGUACGGCCAUCGCCUGUUUGGUUUGCCACCCCUUGAACCGACAUACGUCUGUAAUUGGGAUUUCGACGUCGGACGAAUCGUUGGGGAAUGCUCCACCGAAUUUUUGGCUUGCUUAACUUCGUCUUUGAAGACAUUCGACUUCUCAUUUGAUAACGAGGAAAAUGCGUUGCCAACGCUGUUCCCAGAGCUUCUAUUCGACGUGACUUUCUUGAGAGCGAAGAUUGACUCGAUUCACGUCUCCGUGCUUCUGGACCAGACAGCUGUGAUUUUGAGCACCCAGCCAUUGAAUGUGAAUUUCAACGACUGGGCAAACACCAAAUUCUCGAAACGGAUGAGCCUUCUCGUUCCGGAUAUCUCUAUUGCUGCCGUUGAUCGUCAGUCCGUUACUCAGUCAAAUCUAUCAGCAGAAGAGAUGGUCUCACCCAUAGGACUCUUCAAGCUCACGCUUGGGUUGAAGAUGGCUCUGCGUAAAUCAGACAUCGCGGAAGGCCGACGACUUCAGCAAGAACAUAUCAAAAUCCAUGAUCAGCGGACUCACAGGGCACAAUGGUUGCUUUUUGACUGGGAAGAGUCACGUCCAAUCUCCACGCUUCCUCCGAACGGUGACAUUUUCCCUCCAACGAUCGCGAUACCUUCAAUGCCUGAACCCAUCCAUGGGAGAAUGGUCUCUGUCAGUGCACCAUCAUAUCGGGAACUUAUAGGGACGCGUUCCACUGGGAGCGCAAAGAGCUUCCUUGUCGAGUCGGAAACGUCAAGUCUGAGGAGUGUCCGGAGACACGCUGCCAACAGCCCCGGGCCAGUCUCAGAUCAGGUGUCGAAGCCACCACCUUUCCCGCCCACUCGGGGACAAAGCUGGUCUGUCUCGAGAGCGAGGGAUGAUGCAGACACUGUGUCUCGCGCAGCAUCAUCGCCGUCUUCCACGACAAGAGACGCAAACCCGUGGAUAAUGCCGGGUUUCUCGUACUACAAGCUACGUCUGGAUACAUCUGAGCUUCCAUUGCCGUACGCGGACGCAGACAAUAUGAUGAAUGAUGAUCCUGCAAUGAACCAACAAUCCGUUUAUCUCACGUUUGACGAUGACCAAACCAAAUACACAAAUCUAGCGUUGGAUCUCCCGCAUGGAAUUCGAGGCUUUUGUACACCAAAGUUCCUCUUGAGUCUGGCUGCCUUGCUGGAUGGGUUAGAGCCGAAGAAUCCUACUCGUAUCAUCGACUCCCUUCAAAAAGAUGUGAUAUCGGAUAUCAUUGGUUACGACAAGGCCAUGAGCCAGCCGAAGAUCACAACAUCUCUUGCUCUUCGUGUUCCUGCGAUUCAACUACGACUAGUUGACAUGUCCGAGGCCCCGAACAACAGCCGAAUCGAGUUCCGAGAUGAAUAUAGCAUCGAGAUCCGCCGUCUGCGGACUGAGUUCCGGAGGAAGAUCCAUCGCCAAAAAGGCGAUCUGCUGGAAGGUCUCAAACAAGGUGUGACCCUUCACGCGGCGGCAGAUCACGUCUCAGUUGCUGUUGAAGGCAGUAGAGCGGAUGCGCUUCACGAGAAAGCCGUCUUCAACUCUCAUUUGGAAGAUCUGAAUUUUUGGCUGGUCACCUCACCCACCAUCCGCUCCAACCUUCAUAUGCGAACAUUCAACACAAUCACGUCAGCAAAAUCCGUGGAGCGUCUUGCAUUUCUCGUUCGUCGAGCUACGACCAUGUUUGAUUUUGUCGCUUCGUCUUUCCAGCAGCUUUCAAAAUCCAGCGAGGCGCGGCUCCAGUGCCUCAUUUAUUCUCUCACCCAAUCGGCGACUGACAUACCAGAUCCGAUAUUCCUUGCUCGCAUAUCCUACGUGAUCAGGGUUGCUCCAACUCAUCUACGGCAGCAUGACUCAUGGAAAAUUAUAUCUCGGGUUCGCAAGAUUUACAAGACGUUACCUGCUGACCAGAAGCGUGAGAUGGAGCGGAAGUGCCUGAGUGACACCCUUCCCGUGGCAGCGAAUGCGAAGGAAGCUGUAUUGUCUGGGUUUGACCGCUGGCGAGCCUGGGACCUGGCACAUGUAGCAAAAAGCUAUGUCAUGCGUCGCGUUUGGCCGCUCGCUGCUGAAAGAGACAGCCCACAGCCUUCCAUGUCACUAUCAUCCACGGUCCAAACGUUCCGAUUCUCCCUGGAUCCUGGCCCCAGAGAAAGCCACUUGAUCAUAGAAAACUUGUCGACUGUUGCCUCAUCGGUUCCCGGUUUGCCGGAAGGUGAGGAUGGGCAUGGCAAGAAGCUCCUCACCGUGCAGUCUUAUUGUGGAUCAGCGAUCCUCAGGCUGCGCUGGGAAAUCUUGGAUCUUGUCGAAGGAGUAGUCAAAGUCAUGUCGAACAUUACACUCAAAUCCUCGCCGGGUCAUGUUCCUAGUGACAACACUCAGAAGAAGACACCGACCGAGCUGCAGAUUGUGUUUGGCACUGACUUCGGGUCCCUCACUCUUGAUGGCAUCAAUGUUAAACUUGCUCUGGUAGCGAAAGCCCUCCGUGGAUCAAUAGUCCACAAGUCGCUUGGUACCACACAGUUACAGCACGAGGACCUCGCUUUACUGUUCAGUGCUGCGGGAUGCUCAUCUGAGCUUCAAAGUCAAUCGACCUCCCUGAUGCUGUCAAGGAUCGUGGACCCCUACAUGUACCUCUCCCUUGCAUCGGAAGAGUACGACAAUGAACACAGGCAUGACUGGAAGGUCGCUGGCUCCUGUAGAAAGCUGCGUUAUGACAUGAAAGAAGACCCCGUCAGCUUGGCACACACAGCAGACAGGCUUAUCGCAGACGAGGUCAGAUACAUCCAACAGCUUCUUGAAGGUGUCAAAAUUCCAAAGCCGGAGUCCAAUUCGGGCGGCGGACUGGAGAAACCGACUCAUAACACAUUCCAGGUGGCAGCGUUCUUAGAAGAUUACCGGUUGAGGUUUGCGCUUCUUCCAUCUCUGAGCUACGUUGUGGCUGGCGAGGUGGCCCGCAUGUCAAUCAUGCCGGCAGAGGCAUCCAAGGUUGAGGUGGACUUUGAUGUGAAGAAGAAUUCACAUAUGUUCGUGUCGGGUGAAGAGGACAAGUUCCAUGUUUUGUCCAUUCUGGAAAUACCCCCUGUCAACGGCCGAGUUCUUGCAAACCUCUCGGAACGCAAGGAAGUGGAAGUAGAUGUCACAAUCGAGCUCAUCCGCCUGGAGGCUAGUGCUGUGCGCAGCCUUCUCGCCGUUCUGACGGGACCUGAUGUCUCGCACUUGAUCUCCGAUCUCAAACAAAAUGUGGAUGUUCUCCAGUCGCAUCUGGAAGACGUGCUGGCACUCCAGAAGGAACCUCCAAAACCCAAGGCGUCAUCUGAUAGCCAGGAGAUUCUUUACAAAGCCCGUGUCACAAUGGCAGGGUUUGAGAUACAUGCCAUUGCACCUGGUCUUGGUAGCAAGGAUUACUCUGCAGAGAUGAUCUUCAGCCUUGGGAUGAUGCGGAUGCGACUACACAACGGACUAGACCAGGGAUAUUGUAUGGAGUAUCCUGAAUUCAAUAUCGACGCCUCCCAAAUUACCUUCGAGCUUCGAAGACAGGAGAAGGGUAGGAGUCACUCAUAUGGCGGCUUCUCUGCCGGAAUGAAGCUUCAGGCAACAUCCGGGAUCCGCGAAAACGGAGAGACCACUAGAGCCUACCACUUCACCAGCGACAAGUUUGACGUUGAAUUAUUCGCUGAGACGGCAGCUCUUGUUGUAGACAUUGCCGUUUAUACACAAGAGCGCAUUAAGACACUGGAUCUUUCCCAUGAAGUUAAGCGUCUUCGAAAACUCAGAUAUCGCGGCCAUCCCGAUGCACAAGAGGGGGCGGCCGAUGCUCCCAGGAUCCAAGUCAACGAUGAAUCCUCCCCGGAAGCGUUCCUCAAUGCUCUUUAUUCGCUGCAAUUCCGGACCAUUCAGGUCGCUUGGAAUAUGACAACGAUGCCCAGCAAGUCCGGCCGACAGCCGGAGGACUUGGUCUUCUCAAUCCAGCGAGUUGAACUAUCCAACAAGAAGAAGAAUGCAGCCAAGCUUCGAAUUGAAAACAUGCAGCUUCAGAUGGUUCCAUCCGGAGCAGACAGCACAAAGCGCUCGCUCAAUUCCGCGCUUAUGCCAGAGUUGGUCUUCAAUGUGGCGUAUUCCUCGAGAGGAAAGGAGCUAUGGCUUGCUUUCCAGGCAGCUGGCAAAUCUCUGGAUAUACGCGCCACGUCUGGAUUUAUCAUUCCAGCCAGUAUGAUCCGAGAUUCAAUCGCUACCGCAAGUGAGGCACUUCGGGAAGGCAAGGCUGUUUGGGCAACCAGGGCAGAAUCUCCCGAGAACACCAGUCUCAACAAGGAUGGCAACCUAUUUGGCAAUAGAAGACUGCGCUCUCUUCUCAUUGAUGUUGACUUCGCAGGCGCCACAGUUACGCUUCAAGGAAAACUUGGCCACGAUCAUCACACAUUAUUGGCAGCCUCAUGGAAGAGCAGCCGGCUCCCCGACGCGAAAUAUGGCCAAUAUGUCCAAGCAGAUUCCGCGACAACGGCAACUCUCCGAGCACCGGGAGUAGCCGUCAAGGUUCAGUUUGAGGAUAACGGUACCGACGAUCCCGCACUCAAUGCAGAGCUGAAGGUUGAUCCCUCUACGAACACACUGUACCCAACUCUCGUCCCGCUUGUGAAGCAAAUGACCGCCACCGUCAAGGAGAUCAUGGGCAACCAGCCGAACCAGCUUCGGAGACCAUCUGCAGCGGCAAUGUUACAGCCACACAAAUUGAUGCAAGAAAACAGAUUUGGUGCCGAUGAUCCAACUAGUAUUCUUGGUCGGUGCAAGGUGAACCUGGGGCUAUUGUUCUGCAAACAGGAGUUCAGCUUGAGCUGCCAGCCUAUUGCAAGAGUCGCAGCUACUGCGCGGUUCGAGAGUGUCUACGUGACCGUAAAUACGGUUCUGUCAGAGGAGCAGGGUCGGUUCCUUGCUCUCUCUGUAGCUUUCAACAGCUUGGAAGCCUCUAUAAAGCACGUGUACUCCAAUGAAUCGACCGCAAGCUUUGAGGUCAAGUCCCUGGUACUGUCAUUGAUGAACAGCAAGCAUCUCGGUCGAAAGAACGGAAUGUCGGCUAUUUUGCGGGUCAGCCCAAUGAAAGUCGCUGUCAACGCUAAGCAAGUCCAAGACUCUUUGCUUUUCAAGGAAAUUUGGCUUCCUGCCGACAGUGAAUCCAAUCCGAAUGAUACCGUCCAGCCAGAGCCAUCUGAACCACAACCGUACAUAGUGCAGCGAUACCAGCAGGUUGCUUCGGCGUCCGCAUUCCCCUGGAAUAUCACUAUUGCAGUUGAGAAACUCGAGAUUCAGCUCGAUCUGGGCUCAACGCUCGGCAAAGCACAAUUUGCAAUUGUCGAUCUAUGGAUGUCUACCAGGAAGACAUCCGAGAGUGAGCAGAACAUGUGUAUCAACUUUAGCUCAGUUGCAAUCGAGAGCAAGGGUCGCAUGAGUGGAAUUGUCGAACUUGGAAAACUGAAAAUUCACACAUCCAUCGAGUGGCCCGAGGACUCCCGCGAAGCUGGACAAACACCGUUAAUUCAAGCCAGUAUUGCUUUCCAUCACCUGCAAGCUAAGGUGUCAUUCGACUAUCAACCUUUCCUGGUGGCACAAAUCUCUAUGUUCGAUUUCUUGAUGUACAAUGUUCGAAAUACAUCCGGCACGCAGAGCCAACGCCUGUUCAGUAUCUUGGAAGGCGACAAACUCCAAGUAUUCUGCACCUCUCUCACAGCAUCGCAAACACUAGCGCUCUUCCAGGCGUGGCAGCGCUUGAUUCAGGAUGUCCAAGCAGCCUACAGGGCAUCACUCCGCGACGUAGAACGAUAUCUCCAACGAAAGGCAUCUACCGUCGCCGAGCACCCCGAAAUCAACGCCAAAGACCUGACAAAGAAAGACGACGACGAAGGCGAGAAAGCACCUAUCUCCCUCCACACCGGAGUUGUCGUGAACAUCCACCAUGUCAACCUCGGGGCAUUCCCCAGCUCAUUCUUCGACAACCAAAUUUUCAAAGUACAUGCCUACGACGCCGACGCACGCUUCGCCGUUUCACUUGAAGACAACAAAAUCCACAGCGCCCUCGGCCUAACCCUCGGCCAACUCCGCGUCGCCCUAUCAGAUAUCACCCGCCCCACCUCUGCGCAGCUCGACGAUCUAUCCGUCGACGAGAUUGCCGAGCGAGCCUCCGCCUCCCGCGGGGGUACAAUCCUCAAAGUACCCCGCCUAGUCGCCGGCAUGGAGACCUGGCAAGCACCCGGCACCCACCAAAUCGACUACAUCUUCCGCAGCACCUUCGAGGGCAAAGUCGACGUUGGCUGGAACUAUUCGCGCAUCAGCUUCAUCCGCGAUAUGUGGGGGACGCAUUCGCGGGCCCUUGCCUCACGGCUUGGAAAGCCUCUGCCGCCGUCCGCGUUGCGUAUUACCGGUGGUCCGGGGAGCAGUACUGAGGGUGGUGGCGCUAGCUCUGAGCAGCAGGAGAAGAUCACGGCUGUCGUCAAUGUCCCGCAGUCUAAGUAUACCUAUACGGCGCUUGAGCCGCCGGUUAUUGAGACGCCGCAGCUGCGGGAUAUGGGAGAGGCUACGCCGCCGUUGGAGUGGAUUGGGUUGCAGAGGGAUAAGCUUCCUAAUGUGACGCAUCAGAUUAUUAUCGUUACGUUGUUGGAGAUUGCGAAGGAGGUUGAGGAUGCUUAUGGCAAGAUUUUGGGGGCGUGA